CUCUAUGGCCGGCCGGAAGUCCUCCACCUUUCAGCUUCGACCUGGCGGCCGCCCUUGAAAGAGAAGCGAUGGCAGUCGCCGUUAAUGGGGUCCGCCUCCGAGCCCUCCUACGCCAGCUCGCCUGGCCGUUGACACCGGGAAAUGGCAGCCGCCGCCUCGCUUCGCAUCUGCCCAAACAUCUGCUUCCAGGGACAUACCCCAAGACUCCAGAAGAGCAGGCAGCUGCUGCAAAGAAAUACAACCUGACACUGGAGGACUAUAAGACAUAUGCAGAUGAUGGUUUGGGUUAUGGUGACUAUCCCAGACUCCCAGAUCAAUCCGCACAAGAAAAAAAUCCUUGGUAUGAGUGGGAUUACCCUGAUUUGAGGCGUAAUUUUGGAGAAGCGUUGCACCGGAACUUCGAUUUGUAUGUACGGACUCGGGUUGAUACGUCCCCGACUGUCAUUUCCUGGCAUAUCAUGAAGAGGUAUUUUUGGGGAUUUAUUGGAAUCAUGCUAGGCAUGGGUCUUGUUGGUGAGGUGUUUCCAGCAUACCAACCUGUGGGACCAAAGCAGUUUCCUUAUCAUAAUGUAUAUUUGGAGAACAGAACAAAUCACAAUAUUGAACCACUGUCAGAGAAGCACUAUGAGAUUUAAAAGUAUCUGGAGUUGCAGGGUUUUUUUUUUUUUUUUGACCUUUAUUUUACCUAAUUCUUGUUUUAAAGAUUGUCAUGGAAAAGCAACGAUGCUUCUUUCCAGGUGUAACCUAUAUCCUAUCACUUUGUUCAUAAAGAGAGGAGAAAAAUUACAGAAUGUUGGGUCAUUAUGUGUUGGGCAUGAGAAGUCUGAAUGGCAUAAGGAAAAGAAAAAUAAAUGUAAUAAUAUACAAAUGUA